AUGGCAAGGCAAUGGGAAAUGAUGCAUAAGCCUGGGCUUUCGGUUCGCCUUAACCAUUCUAAAGUAACAAUCAGUGGCAAUUCUAUAGUUGAUUCAAUAGUUGGAGCUUUCAAUGCAAGGAUAGAUUCAACAAAAAGAAGUCAAGAGCAUCAAAAAGAGACUAAGCAAAACCAAAAAUGGUCAAAAGUCACAAUAGCGGAUGACAAUGUUGAUGAGAUCGAAACACUGGAUAAUUAUAAUAACAAGCUCGAAACAACAGAUAACCAUGCAGAUGGGAUCGAAAUAGUAGAUGACCAUGAAGAUAUGUUAGAAGAUGAUGAAAGCCUUGAAUUUGAUUUCGAUUCAGUUGUUAAGAGUUUGCAACAAGAACCAAUAAAUGAAAAAGUGCAUGGUAUUAAUGUUACACGAAAAUUCCAUGAAUAUCAGCAAGAGGUUCUUGAAACACUUAAGACAACUGGAUUAACCUGGUAUAAUAUAUAUGAAACCUUCCGAAACUGUCCUUAUCCAAAUUUUACUGAAGAAGAGUGGCAGUUAAUAACUCAAACAAACAAAUAUACAAUCCAUGAGCCAGUGAUACCAUCUUCGGUAUCAACUGCCUUACAUGAAACCGUGAUCAAGCAUUUGUUAGGUCGGGACAGUUAUAUGCAUGCAGACGAAACUCCAUUGAGCAGAGCAGUCGCACGAACCUUCAAUGAGUUGCGAGAGAAUUUACCUGAUCUUGCACCGCAAAGGACUUCCGAGGAUGAACAUUGCUGUAUAUUUCUGAAUCCUUACAUAAGUUCGAUUUUUCUGAAGAAAAACAAUAAUUACGAAGUGCAGUUAAAUCACGCCAUCAAGGGCACAAAACAAAGACCUGACCUUUCAUGUGUCGUGGAUAAUGUACCUUUAUUAAAUUCUGAAAUUAAGCCAGUGAAGAGCCAUCCUUUAAACAAGAAAAAGGAUUUUUCAAAAGUUCAUUUACAGGCAAGAAAGACAAUCAAUCAGCAAUUGACCUCGAAAGGUGUUCCAGGAGAAACAGCAAUGCUCCUCAAUUAUGAUUUGUUUUUUUAUACAGAACAGUCAAAUUGUUAUCUUUAUUUACUAAAUCAUUUGUUGGAAAUUACAGGUGAUAUUGUACAAUCGUAUUUUAUGGACCUCCAAUUUGAUGGGCUAUAUCGGUCUUGGCCUUUUCUCACAACAAAAUUGGCAAUUGAUGAACCCAGUUUGCCUUUGAUCGAAUCAAACUUUGCUCAUUUUGUGGCCUUAGAGAAACGUGUAUGUGAACUUGUGAAAGAUUAUAAACGUCAAAGAGGUCCAUUCACACCGCCUCUACAAAUUCGAUAUAUGUGUAGUGUUCCAGACUCUCCGCAGAUCUGUAACAUGCUAGGUUCCUACAAACAAUGA